UCUUUCUCCAGGGCAGCCGAGCAGGAAGCCGGGCGGGAGCGCGGUUGCCCCGAUCUAGAGUGGCGGCGGCGAGGAGGAGGAAGAAGAGGAAGGUGGCGGCGGCGGCUAUCAGGGUUGAUGAGCCGGAGCGCUGGCCGGCCCGGAAAGAGAACGCAGCCUCCGGGCAGGAAGGCGAUGCCUUGAAGGGAAAGGAUCUACAAGGUUGACGAGGAAUCGGAAGCCAGCAUGAGGGAGAUCAAUUGGAUCCACCAGAAAUCCCCAGAUCUUCUCCCACCGCAUGUUCACUGAAGGGCGCUCCCCCUCCCCCCAGCCAUGGAGGACAAGCGCAACAUCCAGAUCAUCGAGUGGGAAGACCUGGACAAGAAGAAGUUCUACGUCUUCGGGGUGUGUAUGACGAUGAUGAUCCGCAUCAGCGUCUACCCGUUCACCCUCAUACGGACGCGGCUGCAGGUCCAGCUGGGGAAGAGCCUCUACAACGGGACCUUCGACGCCUUCGUCAAGAUCCUGCGGGCCGAAGGGGCGGCCGGGCUCUACCGCGGCUUCCUGGUCAACACCUUCACCCUCAUCUCCGGCCAGUGCUAUGUGACCACCUAUGAGCUGACCCGCAAGUACGUCUCCCAGUACAGCAGCAGCAACACCAUCAAGUCCCUGGUGGCCGGCGGCUCGGCCUCCCUGGUGGCCCAGAGCAUCACGGUGCCCAUUGACGUGGUCUCCCAGCACCUGAUGAUGCAGCGAAUGGACAACAGCAUGGGCCGCUUCCGCGUGCAGGCCCACCAGGGCAGCCGGUUCCCCGUGUUCGGCCAGACCCGGGACAUCAUCGCCCAGAUCUUCAAGGCCGACGGGCUGAGGGGCUUCUACAGGGGCUACGUGGCCUCCCUCCUGACCUACAUUCCCAACAGCGCCGCCUGGUGGCCCUUCUACCACUUCUAUGCAGAACAGCUCUCCAGCAUGAGCCCCAAGGACUGCCCCCACCUGCUCCUCCAAGCCAUCUCCGGCCCCAUGGCGGCUGCCACCGCUUCCACCCUCACCAACCCCAUGGACGUCAUCCGGGCGCGUGUGCAGGUGGGGGGCAAGAACUCCAUCAUCCUGACCUUCAAGCAGCUGAUGGCUGAGGAGGGUCCCUGGGGGCUCACCAAGGGCCUUUCCGCUCGCAUCAUCUCGGCCACCCCCUCUACCAUCGUCAUCGUGGUGGGCUACGAGACCCUGAAGAAGCUGAGCCUGCGGCCGGAGCUGGUCGACUCCCGGCACUGGUAGGGCGCCUGGGCGAGAGAGGCUUCGGUUUCGGAGACCCCCCCCCUGGACGGUUGGGAAGAAUCGCCGGAAAGCAGGACACGACUGGCCGAUCCCUGCCACCGACUUUGCCCCCAAACCCCCAGGGUCAGCCCGGGACCUCCGCGCGUCCUGAAAAAUGGCGUAAGACUUCCUGGCUACUAAACUUGGCACCGCUUAGUGUCCCUUUUUAUUUUUAUUUUUUAAGGAUGUCGGUUGAAGCGAAGCCGGUUUUUUUUCUUCUCCAGGGGGAUUUGGAUUUUUAUUUUUUUUGUAUUUUGCCAGAAUUCCUGCAUUAUUGGGAGACUCACUUUCCCCUCACUUUCCCUGCUGCUUGGAAAGGAUCAUCCGGGUGCAGCCACACAAUAAACACACACACACACAGAGACCCUGUGUUGGAAAGCAGUCCAGAAAAUCCUUCGCCUUCUGAUGCUUCUGAAAAGGUGUUUUUUUUUUUUUUAACCGAAUAUUUGGAGAGGAGGGGAUGCACCAACCCCCCCAACCCCCGGAGUUAUUUUUAUAGUCUUUCUUCCAGAACUCAAUGUGAUGUGUACAUAGAGAUUUUCCUCCUCUUAUUUUGUAUAAACUUGGAAGCUGUCUUUCUGAUCUUCCCUCUCCGAAGUGUAGGAUUUUUGUUUAUAUGUUUCUAAUUGUGUCAAUGGUGAUUGAAGGGAAGCGCCCUUCUUGUCUGUACAGUCCUGGUGCCCAACUGCGUGCGUGUGUGUGUGUGUGUGUGUGAGAGAGAGAGAGAACCUGGGGAGGGGGAUUAAACCCCACCCAGGGAGAGGGAGAGAGAGGUGCACUUAUUCUCCAGGGUUUCUCCCAUGUGAGCGUAGACAAAAUAAUAAUCAGAUCCCUGUUGUGUCCAUCACAUCCGUACCCUCUGCACACAGAGAAGUGGGAUGGUUGUUUAUUUGGGGGAGGCUUCAGUUGAAAGGCAAGGCUGGAGAAAAAAGAGGAUAAUGCUAUUUUUGAUCUUUGUGGAAGUGGGACUGAAUCACUGAAUGAAUAUUUCAUUAACGGGGAGGACGGGGUAGGGAAGGAAGGAAGGAAGGGAUCGGAUUUUCUUGGGAGGAGAAGGCUAAUUCUGAACGCAGAGCAUUGGACUAAGCCAGCUGGGCUCCGAAAUCCAGCCUAAAACCGGUGCAGACCAAGGAGAAAGGAGGGGUCCCACCUCCCAGGCCCCAGCAGCGUUGAUGGACUCCGUCCUGCCGCCUGGCCACCAUUUUUCCACUGCUGAUUUGCUGGUGCUGGUUUGGGGGGGAUUCUUCCCCCGAGCUGCUCUUUGCCCCAAAUGCGGCUGCAGAGACCUUAUAAGGCAGAGGGAGAAGCUGCAGUUCCUAGGCUGCAAGUAAACUCGCCUGCUUUAAAAAGUAAGUAUUUGGUGGUGGUGGUGGUGGUGGGGUUUGGAGCAAUGCUAGUGUGAGGUGUUAUUCUCUGCACUUACUUUUCUCCAAGCUAGCAGCUUCUUAACAUCAAACAGGGUUUAUAGCUGGCCUAAUCAUGGGCUGCAUAGGGACCUCUAAACACUUAAACACAGGGGGCCUUAAGCUGCCUGGGGAAUGCUGGGAGUUGAAGUCUGCGUAUUUUAAAGUUGCCCAGUCCUUGAACGGUCCUUCUAGGUGAAUGGUUUACAGACCCAGCAAUUUAAGAUUUGCGGACUUCAACUCCCAGAAUUCCUCAGCUCUUCUAGGCAGGAACCCCUGUCCUUAGGUAGACAAAACGUAUGUCGGGGAGCAGAGGGCCAGCACGCCAAAGCUACCUGCCAGCCACUCCACCAGACUUUCUUCUAUGGAAACCACCCCCUCCCCAAAUUCAAGCACGUUGGCCUCUCUUUCCCCUUAAAGCAGAGUUUCUCCACCUCCUUGAGACGGGUGGGCUUCAACCCCCCAGCUGGCUGAGGAAUUCUGGGAGUCGAAGUCCACCCAUUUCAAAGUGGCUGAGGGUGAGAAACACUGGGAAAGGGUGAUGGGAAGGAGAGCCUGUUGGCAAUUCCUGUAGGGCUGGGGAUUUGUUGGGGGGGUGUGGUGGUUCCUCUUAAGUGUACAUCUCAUGGUCCCCAAACCAGCCCUCGGCAGAAGCUACCCUGGGCCUGCACAAUUUUUAGUCCUUCCUAGCUUGGCCCAGCUUAGUUUCUUUCGGAGGUCCUAAGAUUUCUCGCUCUUCGUUUAUUUUCUCCAGAGGUGCCACAUCAGCAGCUUGAAUGGGUGCUUCAAGCUCAGCCUGGACGAAGGUAUCCGGGGGUUGCUGAUGGCCUUUGGUGGAAGUGGGCAGAAGAGACCCCCUCCCAAUCCACAGAGGACCUCGCAACUCUAUCGCAGUGGUUCCCAAACUUGGCAACUUUAAGACUUGUGGAGCAGAGCUGGCUGGAGAAUUCUGGGAGUUAAAGUCCACAAGUCUUAAAGUUGCCCAGUUUGGGAACCACUGCUCUAUCCCAAAAGCAGUUGUGCCAUAGCCAAGAAAUAGGGUAAAUUUGGUUGAACAUAAAGUGAAACACUCUCCCUCUGCCCCCCCCCCCAAAACCCCAACCUCCUUUGAGCUGCUGAAAAAUAAUCUGUAAAUCUGAUCCAGGCUGUCCCCCCUCCCACCUCCCCUGUUUUCCUGAUAAUACCAAGAUUGUGAGGAUGGGCUACCUCUAAGUGUUGAUGUACAAGGCUCUCUGCCAAAUGAAACGGCUCGUGAGAAGAGGGGCUGGAGGUCAGUUGCCCGCCCCCUCUCCCCCCCCUCCCCUUGCAGCCGAAUCGUGAAAAAUGCUUUACCCGAUGUGCUUUUUCCUGGUGAGCUUACUGGACAUUUAGCGCUAUUCCAAGCAUAACUACUGAACUGAGAUUCCAUUCCAUUUCUUUAGCCAGGGCAAUUAUUUCUCGGGCAUGUCAAGUUUCCCGCUGGGUGGAUCUCCCAUCCCAGACAUAGAUAGGGGAGAAAGCACAGCUGGCUGGGGAUUCUGGGAAUCGAAGGU